GGGAUUAUAAUGGAGUUGCUAGGCAACCGUCGAUUAAUCAAGGAUAAAUACUCGUCCAUAAAUUAUUGAAUCAAAAAAUUGAAUAUUAAAAAUUAUAACCGAGGGAUGUCCAGUGAGAAUGAAACAAAAUCAUCGAAACACGAAGGAAAACGGAGGAAAUUCCUGCGAGAACUAUUAGCCCUCAAGGCAUUUGAGAAAUUUCUCCCUCACCCAGAGGACGAGCCCUCGAGUUACAAAUCAAUUUCAUCAGAAUACAUCGACGAAUAUUGCCUAGAGGAUUUCGUACCCAUCCUGGAGAAAGAGGAAGUCCUCACCGAGAAACGAGUGAAUUAUCCAGUUUACGGUGGGAGUCUGACGGAGACCAUCUACAAGGAAAAGAUCUCGAAGGAAAUCCUAAAAAGGCGUUCCACAGUUCUAAACCUCCACGAGCCCUUCCGAAGAAACAGCAGGUUCACCACACCUGUAACCGAUCGUCUGACAGAUUAAAUCCCAUCCUCUCAAAU